AAGAAGCAUCGGAGAGAGUGGAAUACAGAAAACCCGCCAACGAAGAAAGGAGUGUGCGAAGCCGAAACCAAGUGCCCAUCCCAUCUUCCUCUUCGCUGCAAUUUUCUCGGCAUCGUCAAAAUGAGUACUAUGAAGUUUUGCCGAGAAUGCAACAACAUUCUCUACCCAAAGGAAGAUCGGGAGCAGAAGAUCCUUCUCUAUGCCUGCCGAAACUGCGAUCACCAGGAGGUUGCUGAGAACAACUGUGUCUAUAGAAAUGAGAUACAUCACUCUGUUGGGGAGCGCACUCAGGUCUUGCAGGAUGUUGCUGCCGAUCCAACACUUCCUCGUACUAAAUCUGUUCGUUGCGCACAAUGCAAUCAUGGAGAAGCUGUCUUCUUCCAGGCAACUGCUAGAGGGGAGGAAGGUAUGACACUGUUUUUUGUUUGCUGCAACCCAAACUGUGGCUAUCGCUGGAGAGAUUGAGAUCAGUCUACACAUGAUUAGUGCUAAACUGGGGCUGACAGUGCUAAAUGUAUUCAGACGUUUGUCCUUGUUCAGCUUAAGAACUGAAUGCAUUUAAAGAAACUUUUAUGAUUUUGCAGCGCAAUGGGGAUUUCAAAAUUUGGUGGCACUUUCAGUAUUAGCUUUUACAUAUAAUUAUGAAGAUCUAGAUUAAAGCAA